CCCGACUCACCCCAAAAUCGACAUUUCUUCCUCCUCGUCAACAAAUCCACCCCAUGUCCCUCCAGUUGUUGCCGCCGACUCCAGCUGCUGCCGUCGCCUCCAACCGCUGCUGCCUCCUCCUUUGCCGCGCGUAUUAGUGGGAAAAAGCUCAUAUUCAACCUUCGAGGUAUCUUAUCAGGGACCUGUUCCACCAUGGGUGAUUUUAGCAUUCAGAUUAGCUCCAAUCUGGUUGAUAAGCUUGUUCAUGAUGCUGAGAAGUCAAAGAGAAAACCCAGAAGAACUAAAAUUAAGGUACCACGAGAGCCUCAACAGCCCCAAAUGAAAACAAACCAGAAACAGGUUUCUGAUGAUUCUGAAACAGCCAAGGGGACAGGUGCUAAAGGAUGGCCUCUUCAGCCUCCUAUAUUCGUGCCUGUAACCCCUCCUUCACAAUCUACCUAUGCGGAGUUAGAUGCUAUCAGAUCUGUUCUUCAAGAGAGCAGGAGGGUUCUGGAGCGGUUGCAGAAGCAGGAGGAGAAUAUGGUGCAGGAAGUGACACAAAGAGCAAAGGAACUUCGUGAUAAGGAGUUCAAGCUUCCAUUCCAGAAGCCUAUGCCCUGCUUAACGGAAAAGGAUGCUUGCUUGGCUUGCUACAAGGAGCAUGCCGACAACCCUCUGAAAUGUGCUGGUUUUGUCAAAAGUUUUGAAGAUUGUGCUCGCAGAAUUAGGCAGCAAGUGGGUUCAGCAGAGAAGUAAAUGAUUUAGAGAAUUGUUCAGGUCAUAUACUCGAGUGCAAGCUGAUUUCCAAGAUUUUGGUAGAACUAAAUAAACCAAACACUAAUUACUAGUGUCCUUGUUAUUGGAUUGCUUGCUCUGUUCUUAUACUCUCGUCACAAUUGUGUUAAUUUUUUUUUUUUUUUUUUUUACUGUUUCUAAAUUCACGAGUGCAAGUGAAAUGCUCACUAUUUUUAGGGUUGGAAA